GUUAUUAUUAUAGCAGCGGGCCGAAGCCUCCGCCCCCGCGUCAGCAGUGGCCGAACCAGAUGGCGCCUUCAUCGCCGGAAAUGGACUCGACGGCCUUCUCGGCCCGCCGGCCGCCUGUGAUGCCCCCGCCUCCGCCCGUGCCGGCGGGCAUCGAGAAGAGCGCGUUUGGCUAUGAGGAGCUGGUGGCGGCGACAGGCGGCUUCUCGGAGGCGAACCUGGUGGGGCAGGGAGGGUUCGGGUACGUGCACAAGGGCGUGCUCCCCGGCGGGAAGGAGGUGGCCGUGAAGCAGCUCAAGGACGGAAGCGGGCAGGGCGAGCGUGAGUUCCAGGCAGAGGUGGACAUGAUCAGCCGCGUCCACCACCGCCACCUCGUAUCCCUCCUCGGCUAUUGCAUCGCCGGCGCCCGACGGCUGCUCAUCUACGACUUCGUGCCCAACCACACGCUCGAGCACCACCUCCACGGGAAAGGCUUGCCGGCAAUGGAAUGGACAGCGAGACUCCGCAUCGCCGUCGGGUCGGCCAAGGGGCUGGCGUACCUGCACGAGGACUGUAACCCGCGGAUCAUUCAUCGGGACAUCAAAUCGGCCAACAUCCUGCUUGACAACAACUUCGAGCCGAUGGUUGCAGAUUUCGGGCUGGCCAAGCUGAGCCACAGCAACGACACGCACGUCUCGACGCGCGUCAUGGGCACGUUCGGCUACCUGGCUCCCGAGUACGCCUCCAGCGGCAAGCUAACGGAGAAGUCAGACGUCUUCUCGUACGGCGUCAUGCUGCUCGAGUUGCUCACCGGCCGGCGGCCGGCGGACCGCGCGUCCUACGGUGCGGAGGACUGCCUCGUGGACUGGGCUCGACCGGCCCUCUCGCGCGCCUUGGCGGACGGCGACUAUAACAAGCUCGUCGACGAGCGGUUGGACGGCGACUACAACAAGACGGAAGCUGCGCGCGUCGUCGCCUGCGCCGCCGCCUGCAUUCGCCACGCCGCCAGGAGACGCCCCAAGAUGAGCCAGGUCGUUAAGGCACUGCAGGGGGAAGUCUCGCUGGAGACGCUCAACGACGGGCCGCGGGAUGGCACGCUCAGCUCCGUCGGCUCCAUGCCGGUGUCAGACUAUGGACGGUCCGGGUCGUCGUCGACCUACACGGUCCAGACGGAGCGGAUCAGGAAGGUGGCGCUGCCCAGCCCCGGGUUCGACGACCACCCCUCCCCGUCCAGCAGUCUCGAUACCAACGUCUCCUCCUCGGCGGAGCAUGUGCCGGUCACAAACCAGCGGCAUCGAGGUUACCGGCAAGUAUGACGGCUC